ACAUGGCGGAAGUUCCGAGGCGUCAACGUGGGGAGGAAGAAAGGCGCUGCGUUCAGAAAGAAGCAAUGUGAGCCAAGGAAUGAAGCGGCUGGGAUGGCGGACCAAACGUUGACGGUACUCUUCAAACUUUUAGCUGCGGGCUUUUAUGGAAUCAGCUCUUUCCUUAUAGUUGUAGUGAACAAGAGCGUCCUGACAAAUUACAGGUUCCCCUCUUCGAUAUGUGUUGGCAUUGGUCAGAUGCUGGCAACAGUUGUUGUGUUACGGGUGGGAAAGGCCCUCCGGUUGAUCACCUUCCCCGAGUUUGAUGGUAGCAUACCUAGAAAGACAUUUCCACUACCACUUCUGUAUGUAGGAAAUCAAAUAACAGGACUCUUUGGGACAAAAAGACUUAACCUGCCAAUGUUUACAGUGUUGAGGAGGUUUUCUAUUCUCUUUACAAUGCUGGCAGAGGUGUUCUUGUUAAAGAAGAAAUUCUCCCGACCAGUUCAGCUGACAGUAUUUACUAUGAUUCUAGGGGCCUUUGUAGCUGCAAGUGCUGACUUGGCUUUUGACCUGCAAGGGUACAUGUUCAUUUUAAUGAACAAUGUUUUAACUGCUGCCAAUGGAGCUUUUGUGAAACAGAAACUUGACUCUAAGGAGCUGGGAAAGUAUGGCCUGCUCUAUUACAAUGCUUUGUUUAUGAUUUUUCCAACAUUGCUAUUAGCACAUGUCACAGGGGAUAUGGAUAAGGCUUUUGAUUAUGAAGGCUGGUCAGAUGUGCUUUUUAUAGUUCAAUUCGUUCUCUCUUGUAUAAUGGGGUUCAUUUUAAUGUACUCCACCGUACUUUGCACUCAGUAUAACUCUGCGCUAACUACUACCAUCGUCGGCUGCCUAAAAAAUAUAUUAGUGACGUAUAUUGGAAUGGUGUUUGGAGGAGAUUACAUUUUCUCAUGGACUAACUUCAUUGGUCUGAACAUCAGUAUUGCUGGCAGUCUGGUGUAUUCCUACAUUACCUUCACAGAGGAGCAGACCACCAAACCGAGCGAGAAUACCAACAAACUAGAGGUCAAAGGGAAAGUGUCUGUAUGACCAGUUUGUUUGACUUUUAUGAUGCACAAGGCUGUAUCUAUGAGUUUUUGUAUUUCAUGCAAGAGUAAGAAGUCACUCCUAGUAUGUUUUUUUUUUUUUUUUUUUAAUUAUAUGAAGAAGAUAUUGACUGAAAAAGGUACAGCAGGUGCUGGCAGGACAUCGUCUCAAAUGAAAGAUUUGAUCAAGUUUCAAAUAUAUUGGAAUGUGUUAUUCCAGAGUAAAGAUUUGCCUGUUGAUUGUCACUUCUGUUAAGAAGUGGUGUCUGUUACAAACCGAUGGUUUGUGUCCUGCAAUGUUGGACACUUGCCACAAAUGUUGAAACACCUGUUGUAUUGUCUAUUGAAGAGUACUUUUAAAGAUGGAUUUUAGUCAGUAAGGAUAUUUAUUUUCAUGCGAGUUGUUUUUUUAUUGCUAGGAUUGUGAAUUGGAUUUUAUUGUUGGGAAAGGUUUAUUCUAGCUAUAAAAAGGGAGUUUACAUACAUUUGUUUAAAUAGUUUUGUGACAGUUCUGGUACCCUGUUACACAGGAAUGUUCCUUCAAAACCUGAAUGAUAAAUGGAAAGUGUGUA